UUGCUGCUUCAGUUGGUCAAAAAGGGAAAGGGGAAAAAAACCUAGGGUUUAGGCUUGAUGGAGGUCGAGACCCCCGCCGCCGCCGCCUUGGCCGGCGACGAGCUGCGGCGGCUCCUCGCCGCCACCCUCAGCCCCGACAAGGCGGCGGUGGAUGCCGCCGCCGCGGGGCUCGAUAGGGUUGCCGCCGACCCGCUCUUUCCCCUCGCUAUCCUUGCCGUCGCCACAGGGGAUGGUGAUCAAGGGAUAAGAGUUGCUGCAGCGACGUACUUGAAGAAUUACACGCGGCGCAAUAUGGAAGGUAGCUUGUCCUCGUCUGAGAUUUACAAGGAGUUCCGAGAUCAACUUGCCCAGGCUUUGCUUCGAGUGGACCCUGCAAUUCUUCGAGUGCUGAUUGAAGUUUUCCGCCAAGUUGUUGAAAAAGAUUUUGUCAAGGACAAUUUGUGGCCUGAACUUAUCCCUCAGUUGAAACUAGUGAUCAAGAGCAGCAAUCUAAUUAGUCCAGGCCAGCAUCCUGAGUGGAAUACCAUUAAUGCUCUCACAGUACUUCAAUAUAUUGUUCGGUCCUUCCAGUAUUUCUUGAACCCAAAAGUUGCAAAAGAGCCUGUUCCGCAGCAGUUGGAACAAAUCGCAGAUGAGAUUCUUGUACCACUGCAAGUGACAUUCCAUCACUUUGCUGACAAGGUUCUGUUGUCGCCCGAUGGGAUUAAAUUGGAAUAUGAGCAGGUCCUACUCAUCACAUGCAAAUGCAUGUAUUUCACUGUGAGAUCAUACAUGCCAUCUAGGGUGAAGCAGAUUUUGCCUUCCUUUUGCAAAGAUAUGUUCCGUAUACUAGAUUCAUUGAAUUUUAGUAGUCCUCCUGAAGAUGGAGCUACGAUGAGACUCAAGAUUGCAAAGAGAUGUCUCAUUAUAUUUUGCGCACUUGUUACACGGCACCGGAAACAUGCCGAUGACCAGAUGCCACAUAUUGUGAACUGCGCAAUCAAAAUAGCAAAACAAAGCAUUAAUUUAAGUAAACUCAACUCUCCCCCCGAUCGGAUUUUUUCAUUAGCAUUUGAUGUGAUUUCUCGUGUUUUGGAGACAGGACCAGGGUGGAGACUUGUUUCACCACAUUUUUCUUCACUUCUGGAUUCAGCAAUAUUUCCAGCAUUAGCAUUGAAUGAGAAGGAUAUAGCGGAGUGGGAGGAGGAUACUGAUGAGUAUAUGCAAAAGAAUCUUCCUUCUGAACUUGAUGACAUUUCAGGAUGGACUGAGGAUUUAUUCACAGCCAGGAAAAGUGCAAUCAAUUUACUUGGUGUUAUAGCACUGUCAAAGGGUCCACCAGUUGCAUCCGCAGCUUCCAAACGCAAGAAAUGUGAUAAAAGUAAAGGAAAAUCAGAAAGGAGCUCCAUUGGGGAGUUAUUGGUCAUCCCUUUCCUGUCAAAAUUCCCUAUACCUUCCCACGGUGAAGAUGCAUCAUCAAUAGCAGUGCAGAAUUAUUUCGGUGUUUUAAUGGCAUAUGGAGGCCUCCAAGAUUUUCUGACUGAGAAGAAAGAUUUGUCAGCUACAUUGAUCAGGAAUCGGAUUCUUCCUUUGUAUUCUAUGGACCUAUGCAGUCCAUAUUUGAUUUCUACAGCUAAUUGGGUUAUUGGACAGCUUGCGUUGUGCCUACCAGAGGUUAUGAGCACAUAUAUUUAUCAUUCCUUAAUGAAGGCGCUGGCCAUGGAGGAUGUGGAGGACAUAACUUGUUAUCCAGUUUGUGCCUCUGCUUCUGGUGCUAUUGCAGAACUCAUUGAGAACGGUUAUGCUCCACCUGACUGGCUUGUCCUUUUGCAAGUGGUUGUGAAAAGGAUAAAUACCAGAGAUGAAAACGAGUCUGCUCUUUUGUUUAAGCUUCUGGGCACUUUAGUUGAGGGUGGCCAAGAAAAAGUUCUGCCUCAUAUUCCUGAAAUUGUGUCUAACAUUGCCAAUACCAUAAUGAAACUCCUACCCCCCGUCCCAAAUCCCUGGCCUCAGGUUGUUGAACAGGGUUUUGCAGCACUGGUAUCAAUGGCUCAAGCUUGGGAGAGCUCUGCGCCAGAUGAAAACAAGAAACAUGAAAAGAGGAUCUGGCAGUUGGGCCAGUCUGCUAUUGCCCAAACAUUUUCAACUGUGUUACAAAAAGCUUGGUUGUUGCCAAUUGAGGACAUGGGGUUGAAGUUUUGUUCUGCAUUGCCGCCUCUGUCAUGUGUAAAUGAUGCUUCAGUGUUACUCGAGUUUAUCAUGAGGUCUGUGACUUGUGUGGAAGAAACUGCAAGUAUGAAGGUCUUUGAGCUAGUAGCUGUAUGGGCUGACACUAUUGCCUAUUGGGACUCCUGGGAGGAGAUGGAGGAUCAGGGAAUUUUCAACACAAUUAAAGAAGCUGUCAAUUUCCACCAAAGAUUUGACUUCACCGGUUUCUUCCUGAAAAUGCUUCCUUCGCAAUCUGAAAAUGAUUCACAAAGUUCAGUCAUCGGUCGGGUUUCUAAUUUUGUGACCAGGGCCAUUGCAGCUUACCCAUCUGCAACAUGGAGGGCAUGCUCAUGCAUCCAUACACUACUGCACGCUCCAAAUUUCUCUCUUGGAACAGAAGAUGCUAGAAAGAAUAUUGCUGUAUCCUUUUCGCAGGCAGCAUAUUCCUGUUUCAAGUCUGAAUCUGACAGCCCUGCUGGGAUCUGGAAACCACUACUGUUGGCAAUUUCGUCAUGCUACAUUUGCUAUCCAGAUGCCAUUGAACAAGUCUUGCGCAACUAUGAUGGUAAUGGUUAUGCAAUCUGGACAUCUGCAUUGGCACAAGUCUCAAGUACCUCGUUCAGUCCUGGUCUGUCAUCUGUAUCCGAGAUCAAAUUAGCUGUGCUAACGUUAGCAACCGUAAUUGAGCGUCUCUUGGCCCUUUCCAUGGGUGGCAUCAAAGUGUUGCAAGAUUGCUAUGUAUCGUUGAUGGAAUCUUGCAUUCAUCUGAAGGAGGUUGAAGAGGAUGGGGACAAUGAAGAUGAUGAUGAUGGGGCCGAAGAUCUUGAGGAUGACGAUGAAGAGGAGGAAGAUACUGAAGAUGAUGAUGAGGAUUCGGAGGAUGAUGUUGUGCGAGAAGAGACGGAAGAGGAAUUCCUUAAAAGAUAUGCACUGGCGGCUGCGGGUGAGUCAAUCGAGAUUGUCGAGGAAGGAGAAAUUGAUGAAGAAACCCAAGACAUUGAAUUGGGUUCUCUGGAAGAGGUGGACAUACAACAGGUGGUUCUUUCUCUGAUGCAAAACCAACCUGCACUCCAGGUCCAAAUGUUGCCGGGUAGCCUAAUUGAGAGGAUUACAGAAACAUUUCCUGAAUAUGAGCAGUUUUUUAGACAAGCGUAGAGGAUACGUGACCUGUGCAGAUUUUCAUGUUCGUUAUCAAGCAACUCCUGUUGAUGUUUUGGAUGAUAAGCUACUACAUGGUCCAGAAAUAAUCAUGGAUUGCGCAUGUGAAGCGGUCCUGAUUCUUCUCACCUAUCAUGCAGUCAAAGUUUUAUUGACCGAGGGCAUUUUGUCUGAAUCGUACGUGUGUACGUAUAUUGGCAACCAAAAUGCAUUGACAGCUUAAGGUGUGGAUCACACAAUUCGGGCGGAAGGUCUCCGAUCCUAGAAUUAAGGGCCUAUUUGGAACGUAUGAUUCUCAAAACAAAGUAAUAGAAAAAGUAUAGAACUGGAAUG